GUUAUAUGCUGGUCCUGAAGUAGACGUAUGGAGUUGUGGAGUUAUUCUAUUUGUCAUGCUUUGUGGACGUCUGCCUUUUGAUGAUGAAUACAUACCAACAUUAUUCAAAAAAAUAAAUGGUGGACAAACAUCAUGGUUUAAUGUUGGUUUACCUGAUUAUUUAAAACCUCUUCCAGACAACGAUGAAGUAUCUUUUGGUGAAAUUGAUGAUAGUAUUGUUUCGGAAAUUCACAAGGGAGGAUGUCCGGACAAAAAAAUAUGCAGAGUUUUUUGGCAGCGUCCCCUUCAUGGGACACACUUCUUCAGGAAGGUAAGCGUGGACGAGGAUGAUGAUGAACCGCCCAGUAUAGCUUUAGACGCGGAUGAGGAAGAUAAUGAACCGUCCAGUAUAGCUAUAUUAAGUUCAAGCCUACCACCUGUUGAUGAAUUUCCCAAAGAUUCUCAAAUUCCCUACUCCUUAAGUAAUAAUAUUUCAAUAACAACCAAACGACCCAAAUCGAGAUCGAAAUGGCAUUUUGGAAUUCGUUCGCAAAAUCCACCAUUGGAAGUAAUGCUGGAAAUCUAUCGUGGCCUUAAAAACAUUGGAAUGCUUUAUAGACUUGACAUCAAUAAUUAUCUUGUUGAUUUCAAAAAUGUUGGCUAUGAAUUACCUUCUGUGGCUGAAUCUAUGUCAUCUACUUCUUCACCAUCAUCAUUUGAAUCACAAGUAGAAUCAUUUAUGUCAUCAAAUCAACAAGACAGUACAUCAUCGACUAUUGAUGAUAGACAAGGAGAAGCACCAAUGUCAUCCAAUAUAUUACAAGUUGAUGGAAAAGAAGUUACUUCUGUGUAUCCAUUUUUUGAC